AUGUUAAUAAAUUUCCAGAGUAUCUGUAAUAAAAAAUCUGAACUAAAGGUCUUGUUAGAGGAGUUUAAACCUGACAAUGUGCAAGGAACCGAGACAUGGUUAUCUUCUUCAAUUCAUAGCAAUGAAAUUUUCCCAGAUGACUAUGUAGUAUUUCGACGGGAUAGACAAGUGGGUCAGCAUGGGGGUAUCCUGACGGCAUGCAGAAAUGACUUGGUGAUGUCACGUAAGGAGGAAUUCGAGGGAGAUGGUGAGAUUCUUUGGACCCAGAUUGAGCUUCAGGGUCGACGAACAUUGUUGAUAGGAACUGUCUAUAAGCACAAACACGAUGAUAAAGAUACAGUCAAUGAACUGGAACAAUCCUUUGGGAAAAUAAGUAGGAAGGGAAAGCCUUAUAACAUAUUGCUUUCAGGGGACUUUAACCAACCAAAUGUGAAUUGGGAAGAGUCAACGAUUUUGGCAAAUCAUGCUGCCUCCAAGGAGACAGCCCAGGCUCUCCUUGAAACUACAACUGGAUUUGAUCUGACACAAGUUGUUAAGGAACCGACAAGGAAAAAAAAUAUACUUGAUUUAAUCUUCACAAACAACACUGGUCUUGUCAGUGAUGUCAAGGUUAUUGCUGGGGUAAGUGACCAUGACAUUGUUAUAGCUGACUUGAAUUUGCAAGCGAGAUGGAAGAGGCAACCCAGGAAGAGUUAUUUCGUACGGAAGAAAGCAAACGUGGAACAAAUCAACUCCAGCAUAGAUGAUUUAGGGAGAACUUACUCUUUAUUGCAAGAAGCUUCAGUGCAAGAGAAAUGGGAUUUGAUAGAAGGGGGACUGAAAAGAAUCAUGAAGGCUCACAUACCACAAAAGAAGGCCGCCAAGGUAAACAGCCUCCCAUGGUUUAACAUACAGCAUCACCGAUUGAGACGAAGAAAACAAAGACAGUACAACAGAGCUAAACGUUCAGGGAGAGCUUCAGAUUGGGAUAACUUUGUCUUGACUCAGAAGGCCUUGCGAAAGUCGCUAAACUCAGCAGAGCGUGAGUUCGUGUCUAAUAGACUUUCGGAUGCACUGAGGGAUAAUGUCAAGCAGUUUUGGUCUUACAUGAAACGACUUGGCAAUAGUGAGACAGGUGAAACUAUAGACCGGUUUCUCUGA